AUGGCCGGGCUCGAGCAAACGUUGGAUGCGAACGGCUUCCACAAAGCUCUCCAGGCUCUGGAUGAGGAAUUAGGGAAAUUUGACUUUAUCGUCGCCUUUGCUCCUAUCAAGCUGAUCACCGUGGGUGGGUUCCUGGCGGUCAACUACCUGAAGAACAGAGAAUCCACAAAGGAUAUGAACUACCUCCUGGAUCCGGAGUGGGCGAAUGAUGAUGACAUUAAAAAGCCCCUGGAGCAAGCCAUAUUUCGGGUAUCCAAAAGGCUCCAGUGCAGUGAAAAUUGGGCGAACGAGGACGUGGCAUUUUACGUCACCAAGGAGACAAGGAUGCACCUAUUCAAAAAGGCCCAGAAGCAGAACAUCAUUCUCUUCCGCGGGGACCACCUAAUCAUCCUUGCCGCUCCAAUCAAAUGGGCCCUGAAGCGCAAGAUCCGCUGGAUGUUUGCGGCCAAUCGCGAUAAAAAAGCCGAUUUGGACAUGAGUGAUAUCCUUGCGAUGCUGAAGUGUAUCCGGGACCGAAAAGGCCGUCCACUUAAUCGAGAGCAUCUUCGUACCCAGAAUGCCAACCCUUUCGACAUCGUGCCAGACGCAUCGAGUAUGGAACACAUUGCGGGAGCAUACCGGGAGAAAUAUAAGGAAGAAAUAUUUGUUUGA